AAAUUUAUAAUUAAUUUGCUAAUUAGUAAUUAGUUCAUUACACAGGGCUGCCCAUCGCGUGGCACAAACGGCCCUUGCAUCGGUAGCGACCCAGUUGGUCGACUACCGUUCUUUUAUUUCCUCUGCUUUGUAAUACCCUGUCUAUUACGAUCUAUCUAUGGAAAAAAAAAAACCGUUAAUUAUAAUUCCCAUCAGACUUUUUCGUUCUUCAGCCAUUGCCAGUCACAGAAAAUUCACCAAUGGCGAUUGUCGUCCGCAGCGCUUGACUUAGAAGACUCGGACGUCCGACACUUUCCCUUCGGACUUUUCACCGUCUAAUCCUCCAUGGAUGAACACCACCCCUAGAUCAUUAAUCCACCGGCAGACACUCCAUUACUCAGAUCUCUGUUGCUCUCCUCCUCCCAUCUGUUUCCCGGAGUGAGAUUUUUUACACAGACAUGCCGUUGUCUUCUUACAUUGGUUCUCGCCGGGGAGGAGGGAGCGGAGGCCGGCCCCAGUCGCCGUCGAUUCUACCGACCUCUGCGUCUUCUGCUUCUCCAGCCAAGUCGAAGCUGCCAUCGAGAAAACCUAGAAAGCGCGGGGUUGUGAUCAACUUCCUCUUCACCAACUUCUUCACAAUCUCGCUCUCGAUCUCGCUCCUCUUCCUUUUCUUCACCAUCGUCCACUUCGGCCUCCCCAAGCCCCUCUUCUCCACGACGUUCAAAUCGCGGGCGAGUCCCGUCCGGCAGCAGCGGAAGGCGACGGGCGGCGGCGUCAGGAGGAAGCCGGUUGAGAACGAUGUGAGUAAAGGUGCUACUGUGGAUUUGACUACCAAAGCUUUGUACGAUAAGAUCGAAUUCGAGGAUAAGGACGGCGGGCCCUGGAAGCAAGGGUGGAGAGUGAGCUAUAAAGGGGAUGAGUGGGAUAAUGAGAAAUUGAAGGUUUUCGUGGUGCCUCAUUCGCAUAAUGAUCCUGGUUGGAAGCUCACUGUGGAUGAGUAUUACGAGAAGCAGUCCAGGCAUAUACUCGACACCAUUGUUGACACACUUUCGAAGGACCCUCGGAGGAAGUUCAUAUGGGAAGAGAUGUCUUAUCUGGAGAAAUGGUGGAGAGAUUCAUCAGAGGAAAAAAGAGCAACUUUGACCGAACUGGUUAAGAAUGGCCAGUUAGAAAUUGUAGGGGGCGGUUGGGUGAUGAAUGAUGAGGCGAAUUCCCAUUUCUUCUCAAUAAUUGAGCAGAUUACUGAAGGAAAUAUGUGGUUGAAUGAUACUAUUGGUGUUAUUCCUAAGAAUUCUUGGGCAAUUGAUCCCUUUGGAUACUCGUCUACUAUGGCAUAUCUCCUUCGUCGUAUGGGGUUUGAGAAUAUGUUGAUUCAGAGGACCCAUUAUGAGCUCAAGAAGGAACUUGCUCUGCACAAAAAUCUAGAGUUUGUAUGGCGACAGAGCUGGGAUGCAAGCGAAACAACUGAUAUCUUUGUGCAUAUGAUGCCUUUCUACUCUUAUGAUAUCCCGCAUACUUGUGGCCCUGAACCUGCAAUCUGUUGUCAGUUUGACUUUGCCCGAGUCCACGGCUUUUUCUAUGAGUUAUGCCCAUGGCUCCAGAAUCCAGAAGAGACCACUCCAGAAAACGUGCACGAAAGGGCUACAUUGCUGCUAGAUCAAUACAGGAAGAAGUCAGUAUUAUACAGAACCAAUACUCUGCUGAUUCCUCUUGGUGAUGAUUUCCGAUACAUAAGCAAUGAAGAAGCAGAGGCCCAAUUUCGUAAUUACCAAAUGUUGUUCGACCACAUCAACUCCAGCCCUAGUCUGAAUGCUGAGGCAAAAUUUGGUACUCUGGAGGAUUACUUCCAAACUCUUCGAGAUGAGUCCGACAGAAUCAACUACUCACUUCCUGGGGAAGUUGGAUCUAGUCAAGUUGGAGGGUUUCCUUCUCUAUCAGGUGACUUCUUUACUUAUGCUGAUAGGGAGAAGGAUUACUGGAGUGGCUACUAUGUUUCACGGCCUUUCUUCAAGGCUGUUGAUCGUGUUCUAGAGCAAACAUUACGCGCUACUGAAAUGAUGGUGGCUUUGUUUGUCGGUCAUUGUCAAAGACAGCAGUGUGACAAGUUGGUCACAGGGUUUAGCUACAAGUUGACAGCUGCCAGAAGGAACUUAGCUCUGUUUCAACAUCACGAUGGGGUAACCGGUACAGCUAGGGAUCAUGUCGUUCAUGACUAUGGAACACGGAUGCAUACCUCUUUACAAGACCUGCAGAUUUUCAUGUCGAAAGCUAUUGAAGUGCUUCUCGGAAUGCACAUUGAGAAGCUUGAUCAGAAUCCGGCUAAGUUUGAAUCAGAACAAGUGAGGGCCAAGUACAAUGCUCAACCAGUGCGUAAAUCCUUGAGUCCUCGCGAGGGAACUGCCCAGUCGGUGGUUCUCUUUAACCCCACGGAGCAAACAAGAGAAGAGGUUGUGAUGGUUGUUGUGAAUAGACCAGAAGUCACCGUUCUGGACUCCAACUGGACUUGUGUUCCAAGUCAAGUCUCUCCUGAGAUGCGGCAUGAUGGAAGUAAUGUGUUCAGUGGGCGCCACCGUCUUCACUGGAAAGCUUCUGUUCCAGCAAUGGGACUCGAAACAUACUACAUCGCUAAUGGCUUCGUGGGAUGUGAAAAAGCUCGACCAGCAAAACUCAAGUACUAUUCUACUUCUUCUAGUUCCUUCUCUUGCCCCUCACCGUAUGCUUGUUCGAAGACGGAAGCUGAGUUUGCUGAAAUCCAAAACCGAAAACAAGUUCUCACCUUCGACGUCAAGCAUGGGUUGCUGCAGAAGGUACAACAUAAGAACGGCUCCACCUAUUUAGUUGGAGAAGAAAUAGCAAUGUACACUAGCUACGGCAGUGGGGCCUACUUAUUUAGACCCAUCGGAGAUGCUCAAUCCAUCAUUCAGAACGGUGGGAUUACAGUCAUUACCGAAGGCCCACUAAUGCAGGAGCUUUUCUCGUACCCAUACACAGCGUAUCAUCGGCAUCCCGUCUCCCACAGUACACGUGUCUACAACGGAGGUGGUGAUACUGUACAAGAGUUCGCCGUAGAGACUGAGUAUCAUGUUGAGCUUCUUGGCGACGAGUUCAAUGACCGCGAAUUGAUUGUCCGGUACAAAACGGAUAUUGAUAAUGGGAAGGUAUUCUACUCGGACUUGAAUGGGUUUCAGAUGAGCCGCAGGGAAACUUAUGACAAGAUUCCACUGCAAGGAAACUACUAUCCCAUGCCCUCGCUUGCCUUCAUUCAAGGAUCCAAGGGUCACAGAUUCUCCGUUCAUUCCAGACAGUCUCUAGGUGUGGCAGGUCUUAAAGACGGAUGGUUGGAGAUUAUGCUUGACCGUCGGUUGUUGCGAGAUGAUGGCCGUGGGCUCGGGCAGGGGGUGACAGAUAACCGGCCAAUGAAUGUUGUAUUUCACUUGCUCUUCGAGUCCAAUGUUUCAACCACAUCAAACCCAGUCAGCAACCCGCUUCCUUUGAGCCCAUCUCUUCUAUCACACCGCAUUAAUUCACACUUGAACUACCCCUUAUUUGCCUUCAUCUCCAAGGGAUCAGAGGAAUUAUCUCUUCAGACGCACGGCAGAUCAUUCUCUCCUCUAUCUGCUUCACUGCCAUGCGACUUACACAUUGUGAACUUCAAAGUUGCACGGCCAGCAUUGUUUUCCCAUGAACUCGGCGGAGAUCCAAGGCCUGUCAGAGAUCCGAGGUUCAUUCUGAUCUUUCAGAGGUGGCAUUGGGAUGAUUCCUACUGCCGCAGAGGCGGGUCGUUGCAGUGCACGAGGAUGGCCGAUGAACCGGUCAAUCUUUUCAACAUCUUCGAGGGGUUCUCAGUGUCAAAGGCUGAAGCGACAUCUUUGAAUCUCCUUCAUGAUGAUGUCGAGAUGCUCGGGUAUAGUGAUCAGGCUGGACAGGUUACUCGGGAUGGUCGUGUUGCCAUCUCACCUAUGGAGAUUCAAGCUUACAAGUUAGAGUUGCGGCCCAACCUGUAGAGCAAGAAAAGGAUGUCCUGAGUAUAACUGUUCUUUCAGUGCACCAUUUCCGAACAUGAUCAUCAAGAGCUUCAGAGGCCUCCUGUAUACUCCAACGUCACAGGCAAGCGAGCGACAGGUGCUGUAUGGUGAAGGGUAAGUAUGUCUCAUUUUCUCGGAAGGACGCGAUGUACAUGAAAGCAGCCCGUCAAGUUAGAUUGGAGGUUGAAUGAUCAGGAUUGAUUCUCUCUUGUGAGGAAGGGGAAAAUAGUACUCCUUUUCUCUCGUUUGUACACAAUAGCUCGAAGAAAAUUUUGAGGUAUCAAUUUGGGGAGACCUAACUUGUACUUUGUGUGUCUCCCUUCCAGAACUAUAGGUUACCAGUUUUGUGUGCUUAAUAGGGCAGGUUAUGAAUUCCCUUUGCUUUCUCCCUCGCAUAUCGUUCCUCUUCUUGUACAUUAGGAUAGACUUUGAACUCCGAGUUCUUACGAAAAUUCAUGCAUACAUUGAGAUGAUUUUGCGAGGAAAUUUUAGCUCGAGAUUUGCUUUAGCAAGGUGAACCUUUCUCCUUUUCAUCACUUUAAGAUUACUAACAAAAUCAGUCACUGUACUUGGUCUAAGAUGAUACUUGUAGACUAAGAAAGGACUGUUAUGCUACUUUGUAACUGAUACAAGACGGGAAAACUGAAACCAAAUUAAUACCCCAAUCGUAACCUAGCGACUAAACAAUAGUUAGUGGCUAACUUAAGUUAAACGACUAAUGAUUUUACCCGGAGCAUCAAACCUUCUGCCUCUGUUUGCUGUUCUGUAUCUUUAAAGAUCAUAAUGUAAUGAAUCACUCCUCAUCCCAACAAGAGAAAACACGAGUCAAGAAAAGGGUUUUCUGUUUUCAAUCUAUAGUGUUAGCGAACUAACCACUUGGUCCCAAUAACUCGAGUUGUUGGGAAAGGGAUAGUUAAGCCUUUUAACCUCUUAUACGCCCCCUCAAACGAAAGCCGAUGCCGAAUUGUGGAUCUUUACUGUUUGCACAGGUUGAACCCUUGUGCUGCCAAACCACGAGGCUUUAGUUUGCACAGGUUGGACAUAACUUUCCUUGUGCUAAACGAAUUGACAUGAAAUGGGAGUCGUUAUGAGGAUUCGAAACCAUGACCUUUCGGUUCUAGGCUCUGAUACCAUAUUAGCGAACUAACCACUUGGUCCCAAUAACUCGAGUUGUUGGGAAAGGGAUAGUUAAGCCUUUUAACCUCUUAUAUAUAGUUUCGGUCCACGACAUAGCCAGUGGCGGAGCCACUUGGAGAGGAGGGGGUGCUUUGCACCCCCCUUGGGUUUGGAGAAAAAAUUUCCGAGUAGGGGUAUAUACAAAAUUCGAACCAAUGACCAUUCAGUUGCAGGAAGAAUUUCUUAUCAUUUUGAUCGAGUGAGUUUUGUUAUGUAAUGCACUUUCGUCUUAAUUUAUAGUAAUAAAUGGUUGUCUUUUGU